UGGAUGGAUGGAUAAUUUAUUGUUGUCUGUUUAACUCUAAAUGCCUUAAAAACACACCAGGCAAAACUUUACAAACAGGUAAUUUUUUUGUCAAUUGUUUACCAAAAUUAACACUACGUCAUAUUUAUACUGUCUUUCGCAACGUAACUAUCUUAAAAAGAACGAGGCAGCGAUUAAACGACACAGGUGUCUUUACCUCCAUCUAGUGGUGAAACCUAUUCACUUGCUUAAAAGAUGGUGAGGGAAGAAAAUGUCCAUUUUACCACCUGUCAAUAUGACCAUAUAUAAAUGCAGCUCAACUUUUCCUAGGAAGUUGUGUAACUUGAGCACAAACUUCACUCCACUGACCUGCUAAUAAUUUACGAGGGGGCGGCUCUGCUCAGAUCUGCUCCCAUUUUCCUCCCUGUCUCUAGGAAGCACUGCAUCCCUUUGGCCACUUCCAUCCUCAGACAGUGUGGUGGGGGACUUAAAGUGACACUGCUGUAUUUGGUGAAAGUAAAGCAGAGCAGCUCACUGGGGUAAAAAUCAUUAAAGGGGGGAGUAUGCUAUUUAUAGAUAAGACUGUGGAUCACGUAGUCUCCUCGCGUCCAUAUAUUUCCAGAAAAAAAGCUGUAGUUAAUAAUCUAUGUGACAUUAUCUCCAGCUCAAUGAGCAGGGGUUAAAACCAGAUGUUUAGUCUCCCUGCUCUUCACUCUCUGUGCUGGUUUUGUAAGACACAGAUGGUUGAGCAGCUGAUGUAGGAGCCGGUUAUGUUCACACAGAGCGAGAACCUGAAGGCAUCUUGAAAUAGAAAUUGAAAAAAGGAGGAGGAAGAGUAGGAGGAGGAGGAAAGGAGGGGGAGGCAGGAGGUGGGGGGUAUUAAUAAGUGGUAAACGUUGGUAUGCCAGGCUCAGUCUCUAGCAUGGCCGUGCAGAAGAGACAGAGUGUCAUCCCUCCAUCGCAGGGACCGUUUUCUCCACGUACCGCUGAGAGUCACAGGAGAGAAAAUGGAUGGGAGAGAACAGGAGAAAAUGGAUUGUACCUCAAACCAAACCCACAGUCCAAGAAGACAGUGGUCUCUGUCCACAAGUCCCCUCAAACCUGCACCACAGUUCCUCCAAGGACCAUACCAGGUGCUAAUGGAGUCAACAUCGAUGAAAGGUUGAAGGCAGCGCGAGAAAGAAGAGAGGAGCAGGAAAAAUUACUGGCCUCCCGGGAACGGAGCAGGUUGGAGCGGGAGCAGCGUGCCAGGCUGUACUACGAACAACAAGUGGACGAACGCAAGAAGAAACUCCUGCAGCAGAAGCUGAAGGAGGACAGGAGGCGAGCUGCUGUGGAGGAGAAGCGCAAGCAGAGGAUCAAGGAGGAGAAGGAGCGACAUGAGUUUGCAGUGCGCAAAACCCAGGAGAAGAGCCAGAAGGCCCAACAGAGUCAGAGCCAAAACUCCAGAGGCAGGAAGAUCACCAAGAACGUUCCACGUCGCUUACCAAUGACAGCAUGGGAGAAGAAUUUGGUCAAUCGCCUCCUUACCCCCACGUACUCUUAUCUGGCCCGGAGCAAGAGUGCUGGGUGUCAGUCAGGAGAAGAAGUUGUCCGUAUUUGUCGCCGUGCAGUUUCAUUCUAUACCACCACUACCGCCACCCCCACUGCCAUUAUCACUCCUCUCAAAACUCAGCACCACUCCAGUCCAGUCCAAAAGAAGUCACCUGCCUCCCCGAGCCCUAACACUAGAGGCAGCAAACCAGCAGUGAUCAGAACAGUUAAACACCCAGAGGCAGUUAAUAAAACCUCAAACAAGAGCUCUUAUAUGAAAACGCCUCCUGUGAACACUAGCACUAAACCAACCAAUGCUAAUCAAAACCGAAAACCUUCAACUUCACCCAACAGGACUCCCCGGAGAUCAGUGAGCAGACAAUCAACCCCGCUGCAGCCGGGGCUCCCUUCUGUUCCCGAGGAGGAUGUCGAGGUGUGCAGUUCUGCUCUCGCCCCUGGAAACUCAAGGCCUGUCAGAACGUCCACUGCAGGUCAGAAAAUGAGCAUGAAGAAAGACAAAAACGCACCACCAGGAGGUCCCACAUUAAACAGUCCUUCCACAAAGACAGAGGUUGGAUCAAGAACAUUGGAAGUCAAAGGUCCUCUUCAGUUGCCUCCUCACCCAUCAGCUCAACAUCAUGAAGUCAUCAGCAAGUCUUCGGCUGGGACUACAGACAAGGAGGAGGCUUCACGCCUCCUUGCAGAGAAAAGGAGAGUGGCCCGCGACCAGAGGGAGAAGGAGGAACAGGAGCGUCUGCAGAGAGAGGAGGCCGACAGGAGGAGCCGUGACGAACUGGAGAGCAGGAGGACAGCAGAGCGAGCACGACAGCAGGCCGAGGCUGAACGUCUGGUUCUGGAGAAGAGGAAGAGGGAGAAAGAGGAGCAACAACGAGCAGAGGAGGAGAGAGCUCAGGCCAUAAAGGAAGCUGCCCUCCUCCAGAAACAGAGGGAGGAGGAACAGGCCAGAGAGAAGCAGAAGUCAGACAAGAUAAAACAAGACCGAGACAUACUGGCUCAAAAAGAGGAGGUUGAUCGUCAAGCAAGGAAAAAGCGACUUGAGGAGAUCAUGCGGAGAACCAGGAGGACAGAUUCUCCAGAUACGACCUCAGAGAGUGAACCAAAUGAAGUCCAACCAAAGGAAAACACUAAACCUGUGAACAAUGGCACCAAAGAACAUGUGGUCAAGAUGCCCGUGGCCACAAAGUCCUUGUCGCGGGAACUGAGAUUAGAUGACGAGGAGGACAUGGUACCUGUUGUGGCCUUCAAAGAACGCAGGUCUAUCAGGACGCUUGCCAGCUUGGAGGAAAUCCAGACGCAGCAUCGAGCAGAGGUCAUCUGAGCACCUGCUGACUGAGAAGCUCCAGCACUUUUGCGUGAGUCGGAUUCUCGCAGUCCAGCCAGUUUGCUGCCCUUCAGCACUUUGAAAGAGCACGCAACAACAUCGCCCUGCUGAAGUCAUCACCAUUCCAUUCCAUUUGUGUGGGCUCUUAAGUUUGAACUUAUUACUGUAUCACAGCAGAAUCCUGCACUAAUAAUGACGAUAUUCAGUGGUGGUGAUCAUAGCAGAGUAACUAGACUUUUACCAGUGGAAUUCAGAGUGUUGCCUUUCCCUGUCAUCGCAUAUAUUAUCUAUACUGUAUGAUUAUCUAUAUGCUCUUUCCUUUACAUCCAAUAUGAACUCCAACCUUAUGCUUAUAGUUUUGUCACUGCACAGUUGAAAUAUCUCUAAUAAUCUAAGACUUUAGUACGACAGAGAUCUUAAUGGUGUUUGUGACACAUAUUCCUAUAUCCUCCAUUCAUUUUGAAGUAUAUCAAUCACGUAUUCCUAAUGCUGCUAAGGAUUUGGUCUCCAGAGACACUGCUUCAGUUUUUGUGAAUGAUCUUUUAGAAAACAUGAUGCACAAAUGCGUAAAUUGCACUGAAAAUGGCUUUGUUUGACAGCCUUCAAACAAGUAAACGAGGUCUGACUGAGAUGUAAAGGUUAAGUGAGAUUAACUAUAAUAAGAAAAAGCCCAGAAAAAAGCAUCUUAUUGUCAAUAUUUGAUCUUAUGCAGUAGUAUGAGUAUUGCUCACAGUAAUCACAUGUUAACCUGUUGUUGUUGAAAAAGAAAACAGUAUUUGAUUAAAGUUGAUACAAAUAUUUUUCUUUGUCUUAUAUCUCACUUAAAACAGAAAAAAAAAUUAAAUGCAUGCAGUAAAAAGUAAAUAUUAUAUUACAACCAUCAUCGGGAGCUGCAGCUUCAGCUCGCUGUUGAUCACCAGAGAAGGAAAGGCU